AUGACAGAUUGCAGAGAGAUUUUCGCAGGCAGAACGAAUUUGACAGAUAUGGCGCGGAUGAAUUAUUCCGACAGCGAUUUGAAUUUCGCCAAGACAGUUGCAUCGAUAAAUAUAGGAUCUGGUGUUAGCCUGCUGUGCUUAUCAAUUCUCGGUGUGAUUGGAAACUCAGUGGUUAUUUAUUGCGUGCAUAAAUUUGAAAAAUCAUCAAUUACGGAUAUCUUUGUCGGGAACCUAGCGAUCGCUGAUUUUUUAUUUUCUUCGUUUCUACCAGUUUGGGCAGUCGAAAGAUUCUACCAGGGAAUCUGGAUAAUGAGUGAAUUUAUUUGCGAGUUUGCCACUUUUAUCAGUCUCUUGAACUUGUACGCUUCUGUUGCUCUUCUGAUGGUAAUGUCAGUCGAUCGCUACUUCGCCGUCGUCUAUCCAUUGAAAGCGAUAGCAACUCGGACAAAGCAACUCGCCUGGAAAGCAAUUACAGUCGCUUGGGUUGUCGCAUCCGGCUUCGCUGCCAAGGCGUUUUUCUUCCGCAAAGUUGUCAGCUGCAUGUGUGGAUGGCAGUUUCAAGAACACAUGUCAUCGUUGUAUUUUGUCUUUCGAAUCACAGUUGGCUUCAUUCUUCCCGUCGCUGUAAUUAUCUACUGCUAUAUAAAAAUAUUCCUUACUGUCAGUAAGCGACACGAUGAUUUGGGCUCGGAUGAGCUUCAAAGAAAAGCUAGUGAUGUUCGAGGAAAUUAUUCAAUGAAAAGAAGGCAUUCAAUCCGUGAUAUUCGAUUCUUUCAUAAUGCAAACAAGAAAUUGACGAGAACAGCAUUCUGCAUCAUCAUCGCGUUUCUUGUUUGUUGGACGCCUAAUCAGAUUUUAAAUGUUGUAUAUACCUUCAACCCUUCAUACGCAACCUAUCACGUGUUCAUAAUUACUUCGAAGUUGAGCGAAAUACUGGCAAUGUGCAAUUCCUGCGUCACACCCUUAGUCUACAUCGCUUCGAAGCCAAAACUACCGCUGAAGAUCUUGAACUCUCUACGCGGCAAACAAAUAAAUCGCUUGCACAAUCAAAGCACAGUUAUGCGCGGUAAUAAAACAUGA